CCGGGGGGAGGUCCGGAGGAGGCAGGCCGGCGAGGGCUGGAUGUGACGGAGCCGGUUCUGGGCCGGCUGGGCAGGGCCGCGGAGGGUGAGGCCCGAGGCCAAUGCCGAGACAGCAAGGAGACAUGGCGGGGCCCGGGAAGGCGCAGAGGUGGAUCCCACGAAUCUUCAAGAAGAAAAUUUGUACAACCUUUGUGGCCGAUCUCAGUAGCCCUGGGGGCAACCGAUGCCAGUGUGGCCGGAAUCGGAAGUAUCACCCCGCCGUGGCCGUGGAAGACGCCUUCGGGGCCUCGGUGGUCACUGUGUGGAACGGCGACGCCCACACCACGGAGCAUCCCACCGAUGCCUACGGGGACCUGGACUUCCACGGCACCGGCCAGAGUUUCAGCAAGUUCAUUCGGCUGUCGGACCGGACAGACCCGGCGGCGGCCUACGCCCUGGUCACCCGCACCUGGGGCUUCCCGGCCCCCAACCUGGUGGUGUCUGUGCUGGGGGGCUCCGCAGGCUCCAAGCUGCAGCCCUGGCUCAGGGACCUGCUGCGGCAAGGCCUGGUGAGGGCCGCCCUCAGCACCGGGGCCUGGAUCAUGACCGGGGGGCUGCACACGGGCAUCAGCCGGGACGUGGGGGUGGCGGUGCAGGACCACAACAUGGCGGGCUCGGGCUCCACCAAGGUGGUGGCCAUGGGCGUGGCCCCCUGGGGGGUGGUUCGGCACCGGGAGACGCUGAUCAACCCUAAGGGCGUGUUCCCGGCCCGCUACUACUGGCAGAAGGACCUGAAGGACGGCACCCAGUGCCCGCUGGACUAUAACUACUCGGCCUUCUUCCUGGUGGAUGACGGGACCUACGGCAUCUUCGGGGGCGAGACGCGCUUCCGGGCCAAGCUGGAGUCCUACAUAUCCAGGCAGAAGACUGGGAUUCGAGGCACCGGCAUCGACAUCCCGGUCCUGCUGCUGCUCAUUGACGGCAAUGAAAGCAUGCUACAGCGCGUGGAAGACGCCACCCACGCUCAGCUGCCUUGCCUGCUGGUGGCUGGUUCCGGGGGCGCUGCCGACUGUCUCGCCGAGAUCCUGGGGGAAGCCACGGCCGUCAGGGACUCCUCCUCCUCCUUCAUGACCCACAGCGCGGGAAUCAUUGAACGGAUCCGGCGCUUCUUUCCCAAGGGUGAUCUUGAAGCCCUGGGGGCGCAGGUGGAGAGGAUCAUGACGCGCCGGGAGAUGCUGACCGUCUACUCGUCCGAGGACGGGCCUGAGGAGUUCGAGACUGUGGUGCUGAGGGCCCUGGUGAAGGCCUGCGGCAGCUCAGAGGCAUCCGCGUACAUGGACGAGUUACGUCUGGCCGUGACCUGGAACCGCGUGGACAUUGCGCAGAGCGAGAUCUUCCGAGGGGACAUCAAGUGGAAGUCCUCCCACCUGGAGGCCUCCCUCCAGGAUGCUCUGGUGAACGACCAGCCGGAGUUCGUGCGCCUGCUCAUCUCCCGGGGCCUGAGCCUCGGCUCCUUCCUGUCCCCGGCCCGGCUGGGCCAGCUCUACGCCACGGCCCCCUUGGGCUCGCUGCUGCGACACCUGCUGGACCGGAUAGCGCCCGUUUCCGCGGCCGACGGAGGCCGCAAGGAGCCCCCCGCCCCGGGCGUGCCCCCGACCUCCCCGCUGCGGGACGUGUACCUGCAGGACGUGGGGCGGCUUCUUCACGACCUGCUCGGGACCACCUGCGCGCCCCGGUACCAGGCGGACACCACAGGGGACAGCCUGGAGCCGCCCCCAAGCGGGGGCCGUCGGGAGAACAUGUGCCUCCUGACCGACGCCACGUCGGACGCCACCCUCAGGCAGGCCCCCUGGAUCGACCUGCUGCUCUGGGCCCUGUUUCUGAAUCGGGCUCAGAUGGCCGUGUACUUCUGGGAGAUGGGGAGCGAUUCUCUGGCCUCUGCCCUGGGUUCCUGCCUCCUGCUUCGCGUCCUGGCCCGCCUGGAGGCCGAGGCUGACGAGACUGCCAAGAGAAAGGAGCUGGCGGCCAAAUUUGAGAGCCUCGCCAUGGGUCUGUUUUCAGAGUGUCUCCAAAAUAGCGAGUCCCGGACCACCCGCCUGCUCCUGCACCGGUCCCCCAUCUGGGGAGGGGCCACCUGCCUCCAGCUGGCAACGCAAGGGGACGCGAGGGCCUUCUUCGCCCAGGAUGGGGUGCAGACGCUGCUGACGGAGAAGUGGUGGGGAGAGAUGGACAGCAGCACCCCCGUCUGGGCCCUGCUUCUCACCUUCUUCUGCCCCCUGUUCAUCUACACCAACCUCAUCACCUUUAGACCCCUGGAGGAGGUGCCGCUGAAGAGAGAACAGUGGGGGCCAAACGUGGAUGACGGCGCCGUGGACAGCCCCUCGGGGCUGGGGGACGUCUCGGAGAAGCCGGGGACGGGCACGCCGGCCCGGCCCGGGGCCGCCUGGAGCUGCCUGCGGGACCGGCAGCAGUGGGCGCGCUGCCUGCGGCGCUGGUCCCAGUUCUGGACGGCGCCGGUGACCGUCUUCCUGGGCAACGUGGUCAGCUACCUGCUGUUCCUGCUGCUCUUCGCCCGGGUGCUGCUGCUGGAGAUCCGGCCCGCGGCGCCCGGAGCCACCGAGUUCCUGCUCUACGCCUGGGUCUCCACGCUGCUGUGCGAGGAGCUGCGGCAGGGGCUGUCGGGGGGCUGGGGAACCCUCAGCGGGGGCCCCGCACCGGAGCCCGGGAAGGUGCCCCUGCACCGGCGGCUGCACCUCUACCUGGCCGACACCUGGAACCAGUGCGACCUGGUGGCCCUCAGCCUCUUCCUGCUGGGCAUCGGCUGCCGGCUGAUCCCGGGGCUGUACCAGCUGGGCCGGGCCGUGCUCUGCCUGGACUUCAUGGUCUUCACCCUGCGCCUCCUGCACAUCUUCACAGUCAAUAAGCAGCUCGGACCCAAGAUCGUGAUCGUGAACAAGAUGAUGAAGGACGUCUUCUUCUUCCUCUUCUUCCUGGGCGUGUGGCUCGUGGCCUAUGGCGUGGCCACCGAGGGGCUGCUCCGGCCGCAGGACCGCGACCUGUUUGCCAUCCUGAGGCGCGUGUUUUACCGGCCCUACCUGCAGAUCUUCGGCCAGGUGCCCCAGGCGGACAUGGACGUGACCCUGAUGCAGCAGGAGAACUGCUCGCAGGAGCUGGGGUCGUGGGCCCAGCCCCCCGGGAGCCCGUCCGGCUCCUGCGUCUCCAUCUACGCCAACUGGCUGGUGCUGCUGCUCCUGGUCAUCUUCCUGCUGGUGGCCAACGUGCUCCUGCUCAACCUUCUCAUCGCCAUGUUCAGCCACACCUUCGGGAAGGUGCAGGGGAACAGCGACCAGUACUGGAAGUUCCAGCGCUACGGCCUCAUCCGCGAGUUCCACAACCGCCCGGCGCUGCCCCCGCCCCUCAUCGUGGUCUCCCACCUCCUCCUGCUGCUGAGCCGCCUGGAUCGCCAGCGCCAGCCCCGACGGCAGCGCCCCGCCUCCGAGGAGGCUUCCAGGCUGUACCUGGCCAACCAGGCCGAGGAGCGCGAGCUGCUGACCUGGGAGUCGGUGCAGAAGGAGAACUUCCUCCUGGGCCAAGCCCGGGACAAGAGGGAGAGCGACUCGGAGCGGCUGAAGAGGACUUCCCAGAAGGUAGACACAGCCCUGAAGCAUCUGAGUCAGAUUCGGGCUUACCAGCAGCGUCUGGUGGCCAUAGAGCUGGAGGUCCGUCACUGCAGCCAGCUCCUCAGCUGGGUGGUGGAGGCGCUGAAACACUCCCAGCUGAUCUCGCCAGUGGAGCCGCCCCCACUCACCCCGGUCAAAGAAUGAGCCCCUCGGGGAUGGACCCAGAGGACUCCCACCCCUUGGAACGCAGGACUCAGGGACACCCCCGGCCCCCCACUCUGGGCCUCCCGUCCGGAAG